AUGUUGGAAAAGAAGAAGUUCUGUCCUCGGUUACUUGACUACCUAGUGAUUGUAGGCGCCAGGCACCCGAGCAGUGACAGUGUGGCCCAGACUCCUGAACUGCUUCGGCGAUACCCGCUGGAGGAUCACCCCGAGUUCCCCCUGCCCCCGGAUGUGGUGUUCUUCUGCCAGCCCGAGGGCUGUCUGAGCGUGCGGCAGCGGCGCAUGAGCCUGCGGGACGACAUCUCUUUCGUCUUCACCCUCACCGACAAGGACACCGGCGUUACACGUUAUGGCAUCUGCGUCAACUUCUACCGCUCCUUCCAGAAGCGAAUGCCUAAGGAGAAGGGGGAAGCUGGGGCAGGGUCCCGUGGGAAGGAAGGACCCAGGCCCGCCGGCGCCUCCGAAGAGGUUGGCACGGAGAGUUCGGAGAGCGGCUCAUCCCUGCAGCCUCCCAGUGCCGACUCCACCCCCGAUGUGAACCAGUCUCCGCGUGCCAAGCGCCGGGCCAAGGCGGGAAGCCGGUCCCGCAACAGCACUCUGACUUCCCUCUGCGUGAUCAGCCACUACCCCUUCUUCUCCACCUUCCGGGAGUGUCUGUACACCCUCAAACGUCUGGUGGACUGCUGUAGUGAGCGACUGCUGGGCAAGAAACUGGGCCUCCCCCGAGGCAUCCAAAGGGACACCAUGUGGCGCAUCUUCACUGGGUCAUUGGUAGUGGAGGAGAAGUCAAGUGCCCUCCUGCACGACCUCCGGGAGAUCGAGGCCUGGAUCUACCGGUUGCUGCGCUCCCCCGUGCCCGUCUCUGGGCAGAAGCGAGUAGACAUUGAGGUCCUGCCCCAGGAGCUCCAGCAGGCUCUGACCUUUGCCCUUCCAGACCCCUCUCGAUUCACCCUGGUGGAUUUCCCACUGCACCUUCCCUUGGAACUUCUGGGUGUGGAUGCCUGCCUUCAGGUGCUAUCCUGCAUCCUGUUAGAGCACAAGGUGGUGCUUCAGUCCCGCGACUACAACGCCCUCUCCAUGUCUGUGAUGGCGUUUGUGGCAAUGAUCUACCCCCUGGAGUAUAUGUUUCCUGUUAUCCCGCUGCUGCCCACCUGCAUGGGAUCAGCAGAGCAGCUGCUGUUGGCCCCAACCCCAUACAUCAUCGGGGUCCCUGCCAGCUUCUUCCUCUACAAACCAGACUUCAAGAUGCCUGAUGAUGUGUGGCUGGUGGAUCUGGACAGCAGUAGGGUGAUUGCCCCCACCAAUGCAGAAGUGCUACCCAUCCUGCCAGAACCAGAGUCACUAGAGUUGAAAAAGCAUUUGAAGCAGGCCCUUGCCAGCAUGAGCCUCAACACCCAGCCAAUCCUCAAUCUGGAAAAAUUCCAUGAGGGCCAGGAGAUGCCCCUGCUCUUUGGAAAGCCCACUAAUGACCUGCAGUCCACACCUUCCACAGAAUUCAACCCACUCAUCUAUGGCAAUGAUGUGGAUUCCGUGGAUGUCGCAACCAGAGUGGCCAUGGUCCGUUUCUUCAACUCCCCCAACGUGCUGCAGGGCUUUCAGAUGCACACACGCAUCCUGCGUCUCUUCCCUCGGCCCGUGGUAGCUUUUCAAGCCGGCUCCUUCCUGGCCUCCCGUCCCCGGCAGACUCCUUUUGCUGAGAAACUGGCCAGGACUCAGGCUGUGGAGUACUUUGGGGAAUGGAUCCUUAACCCGACCAACUAUGCCUUCCAGCGAAUUCACAACAACAUGUUUGAUCCGGCCCUGAUUGGUGACAAGCCAAAGUGGUACGCUCAUCAGCUGCAACCCAUCCACUAUCGCGUCUACGAUAGCAAUUCCCAGCUGGCUGAAGCGCUGAGCGUGCCACCAGAGCGUGACUCUGACUCUGACCCCACUGAUGACAGCGGCAGUGAUAGUAUGGACUAUGGUGACUCAAGCUCUUCUUACUCCUCCCUCGGGGACUUUGUUAGUGAAAUGAUGAAGUGUGACAUCAACGGCGAUACGCCUAAUGUGGAUCCUCUGACGCAUGCGGCACUGGGGGAUGCCAGUGAGGUGGAGAUCGAUGAGCUGCCAAGCCAGAAGGAAGCCGGGGAGCCUGGCCCCCGCAGAGAGAGCGCUCAGGAACACCCUCCACCGCACUCCAGCUCCAGCACCGUGGCCAGCAGUGGCCCCAGCACCGUCACCCACGGAGCCAGUGCUGAACCUGCUGACUCAACAGAGAUGGACGAUAAGGCAGCAGUAGCCAUCUCCAAGCCCCUCCCUCCCGUGCCUCCCAGCAUCAGCAAAUCGGCCGCGGACGGGCGCCAGACCGAAACUGGAGAGGGUUCCGUGGGCCGGCGAACCUACGACAACCCAUACUUCGAGCCCCAGUAUGGCCUUCCCCCUGAGGAAGACGAUGAUGACCAGGGGGAAAGUUACACUCCCCGAUUCAGCCAACACGGCAGUGGCAGUCGGGCUCAAAAGCUGCUGCGGCCCAACAGCUUGAAGCUGGCAAGCGACUCAGAGGCAGAGUCAGACUCCCGAGCAAGCUCCCCCACCUCCACCAUCUCUAACAACAGCACCGAGAGUUUUGGGGGCAUCAUGUCUUUUGCCAGCAGCCUAUAUCGGAACCACAGUACAAGCUUCAGUCUUUCGAACCUUGCGCUGCCCACCAAAGGUGCCCGGGAGAAGACCACGCCCUUCCCCAGUCUGAAAGGAAACAGGAGGGCCUUGGUGGACCAGAAGUCAUCUGUCAUCAAACACAGCCCAACAGUGAAGCGAGAGCCCCCGUCACCCCAGGGCCGAUCCAGCAAUUCUAGUGAGAACCAGCAGUUCCUGAAGGAGGUGGUGCACAGCGUGCUGGAUGGCCAGGGUGUCGGCUGGCUCAACAUGAAGAAGGUGCGACGGCUGCUGGAGAGCGAGCAGCUGCGGGUCUUUGUCCUGAGCAAGCUGAACCGCACAGUACAGUCCGAGGACGACGCCCGGCAAGAUCUCAUCCCCGACGUGGAGAUCAGUCGAAAGGUGUACAAGGGAAUGCUAGACCUGCUCAAGUGCACGGUGCUCAGCCUGGAGCAUUCCUAUGCCCACGCAGGGCUGGGCGGCAUGGCCAGCAUCUUUGGGCUUCUGGAGAUCGCUCAGACCCACUACUACAGCAAAGAACCAGACAAGCGUAAGAGAAGUCCCACAGAGAGUGUGAAUACACCAGUUGGAAAGGAUCCUGGCCCAGCUGGUCGGGGAGACCCAAAGGCCACGGCUCAGCUAAGAGUUCCCCAGCUGGGGCCUCGGGCACCAAGUGCUACAGGAAAGGGCCCUAAGGAGCUAGAUACCAGAAGUUUAAAGGAAGAGAACUUUGUAGCAUCUGUUGGGCCUGAAGUACUCAAACCUGCCUUUGACCUUGGUGAGACGGAAGAGAAAAAGUCCCAGAUGAGCGCAGACAGUGGUGUGAGCCUAACAUCUGGUUCCCAGAGGACGGACCCAGACUCUGUCGUCGGUGUGAGCCCAGCUGUCAUGAUCCGAAGCUCCAGUCAGGAUUCUGAAGUUAGCACCGUGGUGAGUAAUAGUUCUGGAGAGACCCUCGGAGCGGACAGUGACCUGAGCAGCAAUGCAGGCGAUGGACCGGGUGGCGAGGGAAGCGCCCGUUUAACAAGCUCUCGGGCCACUUUGUCCGAUAGUGAAAUUGAGACCAACUCUGCCACCAGCGCCAUCUUUGGUAAAGCCCACAGCUUGAAGCCGAGCGUAAGGGAGAAGCUGCCAGGCAGCCCGGUUCGCUCUUAUGAAGAUGUAAGCCAGCGAGUCUAUCUCUACGAGGGACUCAUAGGCAAAGAGCGUUCUACAUUAUGGGACCAAAUGCAGUUCUGGGAAGAUGCGUUCUUAGAUGCUGUGAUGUUGGAGAGAGAAGGGAUGGGUAUGGACCAGGGUCCCCAGGAGAUGAUAGACAGGUAUCUGUCACUGGGAGAGCAUGACCGGAAGCGCCUUGAGGACGAUGAAGAUCGUUUGCUGGCCACGCUUUUGCACAACCUGAUCUCCUAUAUGCUGCUGAUGAAGGUACAGAAGAAUGACAUCCGGAAGAAGGUGAGGCGCCUGAUGGGAAAGUCCCAUAUUGGGCUUGUGUACAGCCAGCAAAUCAAUGAAUUACUUGAUCAGCUGGCCAACCUGAAUGGCCGUGAUCUCUCUGUCCGAUCCAGUGGAAGCCGGCACAUGAAGAAGCAGACAUUUGUGGUACAUGCAGGGACAGACACAAAUGGAGAUAUCUUUUUUAUGGAGGUGUGCGAUGACUGCGUGGUGCUGCGCAGUAACAUCGGGACGGUGUACGAGCGCUGGUGGUACGAGAAGCUCAUCAACAUGACCUACUGCCCCAAGACCAAGGUGCUGUGCUUGUGGCGCAGAAACGGCUCGGAGACCCAGCUCAACAAGUUCUACACCAAGAAGUGUCGGGAGCUGUACUACUGUGUGAAGGACAGCAUGGAGCGUGCCGCCGCCCGGCAGCAAAGCAUCAAACCUGGGCCCGAACUAGGUGGCGAGUUCCCCGUGCAGGACAUGAAGACUGGUGAGGGUGGCUUGCUGCAGGUCACCCUAGAAGGGAUUAAUCUCAAGUUCAUGCACAACCAGGUUUUCAUAGAGCUGAAUCACAUUAAAAAGUGCAAUACAGUCCGAGGCGUCUUUGUCCUGGAGGAAUUUGUUCCUGAAAUUAAAGAAGUGGUGAGCCACAAGUACAAGACACCCAUGGCCCACGAGAUCUGCUACUCUGUGUUGUGUCUCUUCUCGUAUGUGGCUGCGGUCCGUAGCAGUGAGGAAGACCUCAGAACCCCGCCCCGGCCCGUCUCCAGCUGA